ACCAGGCAGUACAGAAAAAGACAACCUCCAAACUAAACACGGAACUGUCAGAAAUAACCAAGUGACCAAACCCACAGGACUUGGAUAUGAGCACUUUUAUUAGGUGUAGUGAGUGCUGAUUUUCAGAGCUCAUCAGAAUGAUCCCGGUGGUGCCUGAACAGUUCACUCAUGUCUUGGCUGAGUUUGACAGUUUAGACCCUUUGCUCUCAGCCCUGCGUCUGGACUCAGGCAGACUCAAGUGCACUUGCCUUGAAGUGUCAAGAAAGUGGCUGGCUCUUGGUACUUCAGCAGGAGGGCUUCACCUCAUCCAGAGAGACGGAUGGAAACAGAGACUUAUCCUCACCCACAAGGAAGGCUCCCUUACACAAAUAGCAUGCUGCCCUCAUGAUGACGACUUCAUUGCUGUAGCAACAAGUGAAGGACUUGUAGUGGUGUGGGAGCUGCAGCUGGAGCGUCGUGGACGGCCUGAGCGGGCAUGUGUUUCAUGGGAGCACCGUGGCCAGGCCAUAACAGCUUUGUGCUGGGACACAGUAGCCACACGGGUCUUUAUUGGAGACGCUGCAGGAAAAGUGUCCUUCAUACGUGCCGGAUCUUCCAAACUUGGCAAGGGUUCGGGGUUUGUGAUCUUUCCAGUUCAAACCAUAACAACAGUGGACUCUCGCGUGGUACAGUUGGGAUACUUAGAGGGCCGGCUGCUGGUCUCUUCUCUCACCCGCUGCUACCUCUGUGACACUGAAAGGGAGAAGUUUUGGCGUGUAGGCAAUAAGGAGCGGGACGGAGAGUAUGGAGCUUGUUUUUUACCCCAGCAGCAAGCUGGGUCAAAAGGUCCAGGCACAGCCACAGGAAGUGGCCACCUGCUUUACUGUGCUCGUCCAGGCUCACGCAUCUGGGAGGCCAACUUUAAUGGAGAGGUUCUUAGCACCCAUCAGUUUAAACAGCUGCUUGCAUUUCCUGCCUUACCUCUCAUCUCUUACAAGAGUGAGCCACAGUACAACCUAGCUCAGAAGAGCCCUCAGUCCCUCGCCUUUCCUCGACUGCUUCACCUCAGUGAUCAAAACCUCUUAACAUGGACAGACUCUGCCAUCUAUAUCUUUACACCUCAGAAUGGGCAGGUGUUGCUGUGGACCAGGAUCAAAGACAUUGUUGACUUGGCGGUGUUCCGCAACGAGCUGUUUUGUCUUCAUGGUGAUGGACAUCUGUUUCACCUGUCGUUGUUGCCUGCUGACCGCUGUGUGGAGAGACUUAUAAAGAGAGAGAGCUGGACACUGGCUACUACUGUCACUUGCAUGUUUCAGCAUGCAAUAAUAACAUCCAGGGCAAGAAAGUCUGUGUCUGUUGAUCGCCUAGAGCACCUCAAAGCCCAGCUUAAUUCCACCUCUCAGCAGGAGCUUAUUGGCCAGCUGGACGAAAUUAUCAGCAAGCUGGAGCCACUAGACUCAGCCUGUAGCAGUCGCAGAAGUAGCAUCUCUUCUCAUGGGAGCUUCAAUGUCCUGGAUUGUGGAAUCUACCGUGUCAUCAGCCGUAGAGGCAGCCAGUCAGAUGAGGACACCAGCUCCCUUGUUAGCCAGUCAAUGCUGGAGGAAAGGAUGAAGGAGUUUAACUUUGCUCAGGAGGAGGAACAGGGGGAGCAUGACACUCAGUCAUGUGCACAUGUAGAGGAGGACAAAUCAGAUCUUCUGCAGUUUCACCUACCACUGUCAUUCCGCCCCAAACCACCACGUGUCGCCCUGCAGGCUGUAAAAGACAGUGUUUCAAGCUUUGUAAAGAAGACAACAGAGAAAAUUAACAAUCUGCAAAUGAACACUGACCUUUGGCCUCGACUUGACCAAAAGGAAGGUGUACAGGGAGACGUUACAAGCUCAGCAAUCCUAUCUUCAGAUGAAGUGGACAAUGAGGAGACUGAGCAUGUUGAGAAGGAUCUACAGGAACUGAGGGCAGCAACAGAGAAAGCCAUCUUACAGAUCCAGGAUCCUUUAGUUCUCUUAGACCCAGGAAGUCUAAGCAAGGUGCUUUUAGAGUGGGUUCCUGUCUUGGAGAGGGUCUUGUGUCCAGAGGAGCAUGCCAGGGGAGAGAGGGAGAGUGAAGUUGACAGACAUGACAAGAAGAGCUUGGAAAUACAAGAUGAAGUCACAAGCACCCAGUCCUCUUCCACACCCCAUCAGUCGGAUAAUGUUGUAAAUUAUCAGCAAGAAUCAGAUCCUACCUUAGCCCUGGUGGUGGGAGAGAGCCCUAAAGACAAUAAGCUCAGCUUCACCCCUCUUGUAACAGUGCCUUCACCAGCCAUUGUAGCUCCGGUGGAACAGCCUUUGCCCUCAGACCUCCAGGAGGACUUGUGUCAGCUUGCCUGUCUUUACUUGGACAUUGGAUGCCCAGGUGGAGCAGGUGAUAGAGAGGUGGAGAAGGUGUGUGUGUUUUUGCUCAAGUUCUUCUACCUGCUGGACAAGGACAGAGUGAGGAGGAUGUGCAUGUUGAGGUACAGAGAGCAGCCAGACGUUCUGAAAGCCUAUAUCGCUUGCAUGCUAGAAUUUACCAAGGCCAGUAAGGUGGUGGAAGUCAUUCAGAAAGGAGAUUUGCUAAAAUCUUUGCGCAGUCUGAGAGAGCUGCAGUCCUGGAAUGCGCCAAUGUUGCUUGCACACCUAUACAGACUAUAUGAGAAGCAUGGAGAGAUGGCAGUUCGUGCAUAUCCACAGUUUUAUCCUACAGUUCUCCCAUCUGACAUCAUGGCCAUGGUUCAGCCCAAUCACUUUUUGCCAUAUCUAGACAAUCUGGUUCAGUCCCAAGCUGAAGAACAAAGACUCUUAUUCUUGGGGUCACUCCUUCAGCCUGAGACUCUACGCCAAGAUUGGUUGGAGCUGGCUCUUAGCCAUGAUGCACCACGGAAGGAUGAUACAAUUACAGAAGAAGGACACCCAAAAUGGCACUCUCACUUCUUCCGCUGGGGCUAUGGGCGUUUGCUGUUUUUACUGAUCCGCCUGCCUGCUGACCUACACAGCAAACAGAAGAUACUGGAGUCAUGCAGAAAUAAUGGCUACUGGACUGGCUACCUGCACCUGUGCAAGGAGCUGCAACUCCGUGAAGAGGCUUUCACAGCCAUCUGCAAACUGGAUGAUAUGAGUCUACUGGAGGAACCCAAUGGUAUAGUUCCACAGACAAUGGAGGACUGGAUGUUUCUGAUCCAGCUUUGUAGACAACAAAGAAAGAUCAGAAGUUCUUUAACUUCUGACGAUGCCACCUGUCCCACCACAAGUAAUGGCACUGACAACGAUAGCUGCACAGCAAACACCAACAGUGAAGACGACCAUGCCAGACCAAGUGACCUGGUGAACGGUUCAGGAGAUUGGAGCAGCCAUAUCAGUGUGGAAAAGUUAGCCUUGUGCCUGGCACGGGCCAUAGGGCCGGAUAAAACCAUAGCAGCACUGCAGGAGUGUGGGCUGCACUCAGAACAUAGUGCCCAUUUCACACUGGUGUGUGAGCUGCUAAGAGUGGCAGAGAAAAGGCAAAGAGCUCUGAUCCAGACUAUGCUGGAGCGAUGUGAUCGGUUCCUCUGGUCUCAGCAAGCAUAAUAAAAAUUCCUCUUCUCUGAUCGCCUCACCAUGUGCUCUACACUCUACCCUUUAAUGUCACAGGGCAUAGGUAGAGUAUUUACAAUCUUUGCGUGUUGAUCUGGAUCCAGAUGUGUGGUGUAUACCAGUAUAAAUGAAG